GAAUAACUGCACAUACGUCUAUAUCAACUAAAGGGGUUUAAGAUAGAUAAUUUGAAAUGUCACACAAAACUUACACCGAACUAUUCAGAACAACGCAAGACAUCUUAAACGAAACUGUUCAGUUAGAACCCGUCCAAGCAGACAGACGUGAAGACAGAGACCUCUUAGUAAUUUUAUACAUGAAGUAUAUAGGAAUAGCCAAUAAGCUGACAGUAUGUGUCGAUCAAAUGGUACAACCUCAAAAAAGGAUGCUUGUUCAAAAAUUACUGGAAGCUUCCCUUGGAAGAAUUUUGGAAUUGAAAGCGGAUUUAGUGGAGGCUGAUUUAAAUGAGUUCACCCAUUGUGGAGAUGUUAUUGAGAAGUUGAAGAUUACUCCUAAUCAGAGAGAGUUGAUGGUGCCAACUUGCUUCAGAAGAGAGCGGCAAGAUGAAAUUGAUUAUCACAAGAAGCUCAUCGAUGACACUCUUUCCAGACUGGGUUUUCUGGAUCAAGUACCCAAGAAGGUUCCCAUGACCGAACAAAAGGCGAUCCUAAUUAUACAAACUCAUGAACGUGCCCGCCAAGGAAGGCUGCGACAUCAAUUUAUGAAAGAAAUCAGAUCUAUGAAAGAAAAAGGAAAACCUGUACAAGAAACUCCAGAAGAAGAAGCCAAAAGAGGCGGGAUAAGUCUUGCAGCAGCAAUGCUAAUCCAAAAAAUCUGGAGAGGAUAUAUAGCUAGAAGAGCGACUAGAAGGAGAAAACUACAAGAAAUGUUGCUCAUAGGAAUGAUACCCCCUGUUAAAACUAAAAGUGAAGAGAUAGAAAAAGAUAAACAAAACCAAAAAUAUAGACACACUUUACAAGAACUUCGCCGUAAGGAUUAUGAACAGUCAAUUAAAAAUAUUAGAGCUCAUCUAGAGAAACAUCAAAGAGAUGUAAUUUUGGAACAACUUAGUGAUCAAGUUAGAGCAUGGUUACUGGAGUAUAAAACUACAACUGGUAAGAUUCCGGAAUAUACAGGAGAGGACCGAAGUGCAUCAAGAACUAUGUUAAGUAGACAAGGUACGGAUAGCGAAUUAAGUAAAUCUACCCAAAUAUCCUCGAAGGAAUCGAAAACGAAGAAGGACAAGAGCUCUAAAGCAGCAAAAGAUAGCAAAUCAGAUAAUGUAGAGGAAGAAGAUCAGUCUACUAAAGCAAUUGUUUCGACUUUUGUGCCAGAAUUAAAUCUGAGGAAAGAGGAAUAUGACGAAGUUUGGAGAAGCAAAGAUGAAACUGGGAAUUUUCGUCAGUUUCAUUAUAAAAAUAUGAUAGAACAUGAGCAGAUGACUGAAAUAGAAAACGAGUUAAGAAAAGUUGUGGAUGAAAUGAUGAUGGCUGAACUGGAAGUUCUGCAAGAAGCGUUUGAUAAAGACAGAGGUCACAAAGGAAAGAAAAAGUCUAGUAAAAAAGCCAGAAGAACUGGAAAAAAAAGCAAAAAGAAGAAAGAAAAGGAUUUAACACCGGACAGAACAACCGAAUCUCUAUUUGAAGAAUUGAUAGCGAACGGUAUUAUAAAAAAGUACCCAGAAGUUUACAUUACCGACUUCCAAGGCGACAUUUCCUUUUUCGCUCCAGCAAAAUACAAUACAGGUUUAGAUCCACCAAUAGCGCUAGGCGAUGUACGACAGCUACUCAUGGAAUACUGCGUCGUUCCUAUGCUCACUCCAAAUCUUCACCAAACGACCCCUCACAUAAAAUCUCUUCUUUUAGCCGGAAGUAAAGGUAGCGGCAAACACCAUUUGGUCCACGCAAUUUGCACCGAGACGGGCUCCGUAUUGUUCGAUCUGACACCUGCGAAUAUCGUAGGUAAAUAUCCUGGAAAAUCUGGGCUCAUUAUGUUGAUCCAUUUGGUGUUGAAGGUUUCCAGAUUGUUACAACCGUCUGUCAUUUUUAUGGAUUGCGCUGAAAGACCAUUUGUUAAGAAAAUACCAAAAACGGAUAAGAGUGAUCCGAAGAGGUUGAAGAAGGAUUUGCCAAAGAUUAUAAAAAAUUUUAGUCCAGAAGACAGAGUUAUGCUGGUAGGUGUAACAAGCUGUCCUUGGGAGAGUGACCAAAAACUUCUUCAGCAAGUGUACCAAAAAUUUGUAAUGAUCCCUCCACCUAAUUAUAGUUCAAGGUAUACUGCUUGGAAUAAACUUCUUGGAGAAUAUAUGCCGAAUAACUGGCAGUUUGAUAUGGGAUUGGUGACAAGAAUAUCAGAUGCUUAUACCAUAGGUUCUAUCAUUAGUAGUAUCCAAGAAGUAAUGACAGUUAAAAGAACACUUCAACUGCGUAUUCAUUCUUUAAGUCCAUUGGAACUUGUAAAUGCUUUGUGCAAGAGGACACCAAUAUAUAAAGAGGAGGAAGAAUCCUUUGAACAAUGGUGGACCAAAGUUCCUAUUGUAAGGAAGAGACUCAGAGCUGUAGAAAUGUUACUUGAGGAGCAAGCCGAGAUUCAAGCUAAACAACAGGCCAACGCAAAGAAGAAAGCUUAAACUGCAUCAGAUAUUUUUGUUAAUUAUUAUCAUGUGGUC